AUGACAAACGUCGCAUCCACCGAACGUUGUGUUCCUAGGCUACGCAGCUCUGUAAAACUCUUCCCAAUUCAGGCAUGGAAUGCUCUGCCCGUGGACAUUGCCAUGUCGCCAUCUGUGGACACGUUUAACGUACGAUUCCAAAUCACUAGUGGUCCAAUUAGCAUAAGAAAAGCAUUUUCUCGUUUUAAGGGAACCUCAGUCAUUAUCUGCGACUGUACUAAACCAAAGUCUCUACUCGACGCAGUACACGGCAAGGAAAUUGGCACCUUCUUCCGACCCGCCACCUCCGCUGAUAGCAGCAAGAGCAACUUUGGUGCGGGUGUUGGCAACGCAAAACACUUGGCUCUCAGUGCGCGGCAAGCUGGGCGUGGCUUAAGACAAGCUACGGGGGAACAGCGCGCGGCAGCUAUUGAGAGACUCGCCGAUUUGUUACUUCAGUCGCAGGCUGAGAUUCUGGAGGCCAACAGGAAAGAUCUACGUGAGGCUCAAAAGAACGGUAAGAAAGCUGAUGCUUUAGACUUUUAUCUAAAUAAUUUUUCAUUGCUGGCACUAUUCGGAGGGAAUGGAAAUCAGGAGGAACAUUCGCUCCUUGCUCGAAUUUCUGGCUGUUUAUUUGAUAUAUCCGGUCAGUAG